AUGUUUACUACGCCGUCGCAUACCCUAUCACCACAAAAAUCUUCGCCUUCAUUGACAACCACUUCCACCAAUUACCACCAACUGGACCUAAGAAAAAGGCAAUCUAAAAGAGAUGAAGCUAUCAGAAGAAGGAUCGAGCACGACUUGAGUAAGAAAAAGAAGAAUGGCAGUAAAGUCACUAGACAUAAAAAGGCCAUCCCCGGUACGGUGUUAUCAUUGAAACCUAGUGACCCCAUAAUUUGCAAAACCACUGCCACCGUUCACGAAGUCUCCCAAAUGAUGACUGCAACUCGUGAAAAUUGCGUGUUGGUCGUUAAUGACGUUGGUGAACUUUUGGGUAUAUUCACGGCAAAAGAUUUGGCAUUCCGCAUUGUUGGAUCGGGAUUAACGGCAAAUUCAGUCACCAUUGACCAAAUCAUGACUGCUAACCCUAUUUGUGCAAAUGCCAAUAAUCCAGCAUCUGAGGCUUUGAACUUGAUGGUUGAAAAAGGGUUUAGACAUUUGCCGGUAUUAGAUAAUGAUAAUCAAAUUGUCGGUGUUUUGGAUAUCACAAAGUGUUAUGCACAACAGAUGGAGAAAUUGGAAAGAAUGCAUGCACAGUCAAAGACCUUGUAUGAUGCGUGGAAUACAGUGCAUAAUGAAAUUGGGGUACAAGAUCAGCCUCAGCAUGUUUUCCAAUAUUUUGAGACGCUCAAAAACAAAAUGAAUGGGCCUACUUUGGAACACGUCCUUGAUGAAACUACUGAGCCGAUUUAUGUCAGCGUCAAGACUUCAGUUUAUGAAGCCACUGUUUUGAUGAGGGAAAAUAAGACCACCGCGGUAUUGGUAAAGGACACAAAUCAAGAAGUCACUGGUAUAUUCACUUCCAAAGAUGUUGUUUUGAGAGUUAUUGCUGCUGGGUUGGACCCCAAGAAUUGUUCAGUGGUGCGAGUAAUGACAUCCCAUCCUGAUGUCGCUCAUACCAAUUUGCCAAUUCAACAAGCAUUGAGAAAGAUGUUUGAAGGGCAUUAUUUGAACUUGCCCGUUGUCAAUAAUGACGAUGACAUCAUUGGCAUGGUGGAUGUUUUGAAGUUGACCUAUGCGACAUUAACCCAGAUAAAGCAAUUGGAGGCAAAAGAUUUACCACUGUCACUUGAUGCUCCACCAGAGCAGGGAAAUGAAGGCCCAGCGUGGAACAAGUUUUGGACUUCUUUGGAUGACACUGAGUCUGUCCAUUCAGAUUCGUUAAUGGAUGAAAGUGCCGCGGCAAAUGCCCCCGAUAUUACCCAAUCCGAGUUCCAAUCUUUCAAUGUUGAAAUCAAACCUUCUGACUCUAUUUCUCACGCGGAUGGCUCCCCAAAUAAAGAUUCAACUGCUGCAGGAAGCGUAAGCAACAGCGUCCAAGAUGAUUUGCCAUACAUUUUUAAGUUCAAGUCUCCAGCUAUAGAGGGAAGAGUACACCGCAUCACUUUGAAACCCAGUGAUGGUGUUUUGUUGUUGAGGAAGUUGAUACACUCAAAGUUGAAUGACAAUGAUUUUGCCAAGUUGAAUGUCAGCAAGCCGAACGCGACCGAAGAAGAUUCAUCAUCGUCCCUUGCUCGUAACGAAGAAGUCGCGGUAAGCUACAUCGAUGAUGAAGGGGAUGUUGUAUCUAUCACCACUGACACAGACUUGAUUGAAUGUGUUCGUAUUAACAAAAGAUUGGGAAAUGAGAAAGCAGACUUGUAUUUACACAAUCCUCACCUGCAUCCGUCGGUUGAGGAAGUUAAAUCUGUUAGAAGAGGAAAUAAACCUGAACCCCUUGUCACUGGAAUUGCUAAUGAAGUGUUGGUUCCUGGUGUGUUGGCUGUACUUGCGUCAUCAAUAAUAAUUGGUUUUACAUUAAGUAGGAAAUAA